CCAUGUUUUGACAAGCCGCCUUGGGUAUCCAUCAAGAGAUCCCGACCAACCCACUCGGUUUAGCGACAAGUAUUCGUUUCACUCUAGCCUAUAUUUUAUAUCAUAUUUCUACCUCUGCGCUGUUGGCGAGCAAGCGGGCGAAUACGGUACAGCAAGGGUGCGCACGGGAAGACAAACCAUAGACGGCGAGUGGAAGACACGAUGUGUUGAUGGGAUUGAACUGCAAGCUGUACUAUAUCUCUCUGAUGGUGUUUUUUUUAGCCUCCAUUCUACGGAUUUUUUUGGAAGCUAAAACAAAUUCUUGCGUGUAUGCGACACGGUCUUCGUUCACCUUCGCUGUGUGGGUUGUGUGCUGCGUAUUCAGAUAUGAUGAGAGACUGAAGAACGUGCAGAUUUCUAACUGACGGUGGCGGCAUGAAUAAAUAUACACGUUCAUACAGCAGCAGCAUCCGCCUACCUUACAGGAUACAAAACCAGACGCUUGUGCUUGUGAUUCCUCGGUUUUACAGAUCAUUCUGUGACCUGCAACGGGGACCGCUAUGAACGGACCUGCUGAUAAAGACGCUCUAUGCAUGUUUUUACCAUCCGGUGAUGUAUUUGCCAAUGAUUGUCGCGCCUUGGAAUAAUGAAGAUAAGAUCAACUUUACUUUGGCUUUGUGAUGGGUGCAUUUUAUGAUCAAUAGGCUACGUAAAGUAAAGCAACAUCUGUGUCAUUUUAGUGUAGAUUCCGGCAUUUUUCGUUAUUUCACAUCCAUAGAUUUAGUGCGGAUUACGCAAACACAGUGGCAUUUAUCAGAAACCUGUCGUUUUCUUUGUGAAUGUGAGAUAUUGAAAAAGAGAAAAACAUCAAACGCGUGUGCUAUGACUGUCAUAACCAAUACAUGCUAAUGUGAUGUGCACAUUAUUGGUCUCAUUGCCAAACGCGAUUGCUACAUUUGAAAGGUAACCUUUACCUAUGCAGGUCCAAUCGAUUGCACGAUAAGGAGAGUCGUGGCAAUCAGUUUGUCACAAGGGUGCGUUUUUCAGCCCCUCAUAUCAACUUUUACACAUGCAACAAGGACACAUAGGGGAGCUUUCCAGCGGAGAGGGUGUGAACGUGGAGUGUUGUACAACCAUUGUAACCUAUAGCCUACUGCUGAAUAAAUUAAGGCAAUCAUAAAGAAAAACUGAUUCAAUGGUUUUCCGAAAGUUGCCCGGUGUGUCAGCAUCGGGCAUGGGUCUUCGCCUAUCCCAGAAAUUCGUGUUUCUACUUUUUCUCUCGGGCUUGGUAACUCUGUGUUUCGGGGCCUUAUUCUUCUUACCCGACUCUGUCCGUUUGAAACGUAUUUUUCUCUCAAAGACGGAGAGCCAACCAGUAACGGUAGGGUCUGAGAAUGAUGUGAGGGAGCAUCUUAAGAAGGGAGCAAAGGACCCAGAACAUCUCCGGGGCAUCACCUCGGCCAAAGGGGAGACGAGCACAAAACUCAAAGCCUUGAGCCGCAAGCCCUCUGUCACCAAUGAGGCUAAAACUGAUAAGAAAGACGCUGGCGGGGAAGCGUUGGAGGACAUGAUGCGGUCGAGGUCUAAAACGGAGUCGGCUUCUAAGAAUGAGAAAGUGACCUCGUCUUCUAACCAGGGUGCCAACACGGAUACUUCUUUCGAUUACAACAAGUUUAAAAAAUGUCUGCUAAAGCCGCCCUUGGGGAUCGAACAUGGCAAGCCGAGCGACCCUCAGACCCUUCAGCGUCGGGAGAAAGUCAAGGAGAUGAUGAAGUUUGCCUGGGACAACUACAAGAGCUUUGCCUGGGGCAAGAAUGAGCUACGGCCCCUGACCAGGAAUGGCCACAUUGGGAACAUGUUUGGUGGUCUGAGGGGAGCCUCCAUCGUGGAUUCUCUGGACACACUGUAUAUAAUGGGAUUAAUGGAUGAAUACAACGACGCAAAGGAGUGGGUAGAGACCAGCCUGGACCUGAACUCGAACGGCGAGGCUUCUCUCUUCGAGGUGAAUAUCCGUUACGUCGGUGGGCUGCUCUCUGCGUACUACCUGACUGGAGAGGAGAUGUUCAAGAGGAAAGUCAUGGUGCUUGGGGAGAAGCUGCUACCGGCCUUCAACACACCAACGGGUAUCCCACGUGGAGUCAUCAACCUGGGCAGUGGCACCAGUUGGAGCUGGGGCUGGGCGUCAGUCCUCACUUGGGAUCAUUUCUGCAGUAUCCUGGCGGAGUUUGGAACCCUGCACCUGGAGUUUGUCCACCUGUCAGAGCUCUCCAACAAUGGCAUCUACACAGAGAAGGUUAUGAAUAUCCGAAAGCUGUUGAACAAAAUCGAGAAGCCUCACGGUCUCUAUCCUAACUUCUUGAGUCCCGUCAGUGGCAACUGGGUCCAACAUCACGUUUCCAUUGGCGGCCUGGGGGAUAGCUUCUACGAGUAUCUGAUCAAAUCAUAUCUGAUGUCAGACAAGACGGACGAGGAGGCUAAGAAGAUGUACUACGGUGCUCUGGAGGCUAUCGAGGCUAACCUGGUGCAGAAGUCCCCUGGCGGGCUGACCUACAUGGCGGAGUGGAGGGGGGGCAUCCUGGACCACAAGAUGGGCCACCUGGCCUGCUUCUCCGGGGGCAUGGUGGUGAUCGGUGCGGACGACGGAGCUCCAGAGAAGAGACAGCACUACCUGGACCUGGCUGCAGAGAUUACGCACACCUGCCAUGAGAGCUACAGUAGAUCUGCUACGAAAUUAGGGCCCGAGGCAUUCCGAUUCGACGGUGGGGCAGAAGCCACGGCGACCAGACUGAGUGACAGAUACUACAUCCUGCGGCCGGAGGUCAUCGAAAGCUACAUGUACAUGUGGAGGUUGACCCAUGACCCCAAGUACCGGGAGUGGGGCUGGGAGGCAGUGGAGGCUCUGGAGAAACACUGCAGAGUCGAAGCUGGUUUCUCUGGGAUCCGAGACGUGUACGCCCAGACAGUCAGCCACGAUAACAUGCAACAAAGCUUUUUCCUCUCCGAGACACUCAAGUAUCUAUACCUGCUCUUCUCUGACGAUGACCUGCUUCCUCUGGAGGACUGGGUGUUCAACACGGAAGCUCACCCCCUGCCCGUCGUCCGCAAGAGCUGCCUACAGGGGGAGGGAGGGACACACGACAAGACAACCUCGGAGUAGCAGCCUGCUGUACAACCACUGCACAACUCACCUGCAUACAGACACAGAGUAACACGUAUUCUUACAUCACAUGCAUACAAACGCACACACAUGACAACAUUACACACCGCUAACACCACCACAACAAAAUGCAGGGCCAGCGCCCCUUGGGCCCUGUCACAGACUUUUAAUUCCUUUCCAGUAAAGGAUCUUGUCGUAUACGCUGUGAUUGUAUAUCCUUGAGCCGGGCCGGGACUACUUCCUGCCGGCAUUACUUUCUGUGGACAAUCAAGACGAACAUGAUUUUCAUGAAAAGAGCACCUUUUUUUCUUUCCUUCUUUCCUCUGUGAGGAAACCAAGAGUAUCUUGCAGACCCAAAUGUAAUGGGAGGAGUGCUGUGUUAUGGGCCAUAUUGUGAGAGAGAGAGAGAGAGAGAGAAAACCACUGAGCUUUUUCUUUAAUCGAUUGCGGUGAAAAACAGAAUCAAUGAUUUCACUUGAUCUUGUCAUUGCUUUUUUUUCUGGCCUUUUUCUCUGUCUCUUUGACCAAAGUUGUUCGUUCUUUUGUUCACCCUCUCAUAAUUCCCUAGACAUAUUAUUUUGUGGUGAGAUUUGACCAAUAGUAAGAUGACGGACUAAUAUGGAGUGUUGAAUGGUGUUGAAUAUUAAAAUGUAUAGACAAUUGUGAAAUGUAAUCCACCUUAAAUGAUUGUUUAUUCAGAGUUUCUUUGCAGAAACAGGUUAAAUGAAUAAUAACAGGCAUGGGAACAAUUGAAAACGGAAGAGGUUGUUGGAGAGAGGGAGUGUCUCACAUUUUUUCUUUAUCAUUUGUUUUGAGUACAAUACUGGUGACAUAUUUUCAUAAGGCCAAGUCUGUGUUGAGUCCUCCUCACCGCCUUUCAGAGCGUAACUUCACAUUGUGUGAGUCCUGUGACUUUAACACAAGUGUCAGUCCUGUUAUUGUAACACAAGUUACUGUAGCACUGUAGAACGGGUGUCAGUCCUGUGACUGUAAUACUCUACAACGAGUGUCAGUCCUGUGACUGUAACACUCUACAACGAGUGUCAGUCCUGUGACUGUAACACUCUACAACGAGUGUCAGUCCUGUGACCAACAUCGUAACACAAGUGUCAGUCAUAUUACUGCAACACUAUAGAACUAGUGUCAGUCCUGUGACUAAGACACAAGUCUCAAUCCUGUUACUGUAACACAAGCAGUCACAACCACCCAAGAGGCAAUAUCACCACAGCUAGUCCUAGUUGCCUAGUACGACUGGGCUCAAAUAUGCUUGCCAAAGUUAACAGCCCUCAUCGAGAGCUUCAGCUCUCUCAAAUCCACAGUGGGGAAAGUUAGGCUUGAGGUUAAGGGUUUGCUCAAAUGUACACCGUUGAGGGGAAUGUGAAUGGCGCUUUCCUAUUUCAUCCUUAUUCCUAUCAUCACUGCUGUCCAAUACAGUUAUGGAGAGAAUGUGCUGUACAUACCUGGAUGAAUGUAAUGGACCCCUGUAUUAGCUUAUCUUCAGUUUAUUUUGUGAUUUAUUUCACUUAAUUCCAUAAUUAUUUUCAUUUCUUUUUAAUUUGCUUCCCUCAGGUGUUUCUGUAAAAGAGGAAAAAUGUUUGACUUUAAUUAUAGUUCUGGUUGAUAUUAAUUAUUGUUAUUACUUAUCUUUCAUUGUUGAAUAUUUUCAAAUACUGAUAAAAGACCUGUGCAACUUUGUACAUUUAAAGCAACUUCA